CUUCCCUUAAGCAUUUGUUGCUCGUCCCUACAACGACCGACCAUCUCACGCUCUCAUCUCUUUUGCUUUUGCAUCUCCCCAUUUGCCAUCUUGGCAACACAUUCACUCAUCCCUUUAUCCUUCCACCGGCCUGACUCAAGGUAGAGUCGCUCUGCGUCCUCUUGCGAAGCCCGUCUCCAUACGCCUGGAAACCUUCACAUCUCGGCUCGCCCAGCAUCCACUGCCCAGUGCCCAGUGCCCAGCGCCCAGCCACGCACGUACGACAUCCACGUCGUCACAAGCUUCCCCGACCCGACACGCCCGUCUGGUCCCAGAUCCCCAAACCCAGCACCACCACCACCACCACCACCUAACCACCCAAACACAACCUCCGCUGACUGCGACCCCUGGGCCGUCACCCUGCACCGCCAACACCAUCCGUCCAUCAUCACCAUCCCCGACAUCACCGCCCGCCAUCAACCCAUCGCGCCCAUUCGCAUAGGUACACCUGACUACCUCUUAUCCGCCUCCGACGAUCAAUAACACCACCUACCUUCCCCUCACCAUUCUCGACAAUGCUUGCAGCUCUCUGCCACUUCGUCUGAAGGAUGCGUUGUUGAUUACACUCGGUUCAUCCCCAACCAUAUUGCGACGGUACUUCACCCAGCACCGACAACACUGCGACCAUACAUCGACUACAAUAACAACAACAACCACAACGCUCUCUACCGGACUCAUCUUGGCCGGACCGCCUCUCACUGCAUAGUCUACCGCCGUGGCUGACACUGGUCCACCACAGUUGUACUUGCAAUCGUCAUUCUGAUUGAACCGGAUCAUCGAUCACCCGCCGUCGCUCUGUCCACUUUGAGAGAGCCCACACUCGACGAACCCUCAAGCAACACCGCCCGGUCACACUGUCGAUAGCCAAUAUGGGCAACAGCAGCACCAAAGAAUCUCGUCCGAUUGACCCGGCGACCGACUACAGGCAAAGCCAGGCCGCAUACCUCAACCACUCCACCUCCAGAGAAGCCGCAAACGAUCAUGCCAGCACACGGAGGCAAAGCCGCUUUAGUAGAGCCGAUCUAAAUCUCCUUGGCCUAGGAGCCGCCGGAUCUUCAAGUGCUGCAGGCAGAGAAGAUGCGCCGUACGAGCGGAGGGAGACGAGGCAGGAACGGGAAGCCCGGCGACUCGAAAGGGACCGCGUCGCGAGAGAAAAGGAACGUGAGCGGAGUCUGAAGGAGGAGCACAUCGAUGGCGGAUACCUUGUGACUCUUGGUACAUACACUGGUCCCGAAGACUUUAGCAAGCCCGUCGUGCGGCAAUUACAGAUUGAAAGACGGCUUGCACCAUUCUGGAGAGGUCUCAAUGACUACUCCGACAACUGGACCGAAUAUCAGCUCAUCUGCGCCGGCCGCGGCCUUCCUAUCCCGGCCGCCGAUGAACAACCUCCACCCGAGUUCAUUCCCCAGUCCAACACGCCUGCCUCUCCCACCGAGUCAUCCCAGAACCUUGCCAAUCUCACUGUUCCAAUGGGCCCGAGAUCUUUGUCAGUAGGAUCAGAUCGUAGUAGCUCAAUGCCGGGCUCUGGAAUAUCGUCGCCCAACGCAGCCCAGCAGCGGAGUAGCUCACCGUUCAAGCCUCGGGCAAAAGCCCUUGCAGCAGCAUUGAGCGGGGGCUCACGCAGCAACUCGUCAAACGACGUUGCGCCUCGUGAGAUCAAGUUGCCCAACGACCCCUUGGUCAACGGACAGCCAUUAGAGGUUUUCCUGUACAAGGAUGCCACCGAAUGUCCCAUUUGCUUCCUAACCUAUCCUCCCUACCUGAAUCGCACUCGUUGCUGCGAUCAGCCCAUCUGUAGCGAAUGUUUCGUGCAGAUCAAGCGCGCCGAUCCGCACCAUCCCGAGCAUCACGGCGAACCGACCGAGCAGUCUGCGAAUCCGACCAACCCGGAGGAAGCUCCAGAGAUGCUAAUAUCUGAGCCCGCGCAGUGCCCCUACUGCCAGCAGACCGAAUUCGGUGUAACCUAUGACGCUCCCCCUUUCCGACGAGGUCUAUCUUAUGCCAUUGGAUACCCGUCACAAAAUACCGCCAUGUCGUCUCAGAGCUCUUUGAACUCCACUUUGUCGCCUACCUCUCCAACGUCUGGGAGGCGGCGAGCUCAAAGCUUGUCCGCCAACGCCCCAAAUGUUGUCACUACUGAUCGGGUUCGACCGGAUUGGUCGACCAAACUCGCUGCGCAACGAGCACACCAAGCACGCAGAGCUGCAGCGGCAACUGCUUUGCACACUGCGGCCUUCCUCAUGGGAAACAACGAACAGCAGCGCGGCUUCGCCUUCACACGGCCUGGGCGUUUCAGUCGGAGAAACACCGGGAGUCGCACGCCUUCUGGACCUUCCAACCAGCAGCCGGAAGAGAGCCCCCAUCGCAACCCUGAGGGUGAAGCUGCCCCAGCUGGACCAGAGCCUGGACCACGGAGCUCCUCUGGGCGCGGAGCUCUGAACAAUAGGAGAAGUCGGAUGGAGGAGCUGGAAGAUAUGAUGUUUAUGGAAGCCGUCCGUCUUUCUCUCGCCGCCGAGGAAGAGCGAAAACGCAAACAAGAAAAGGCGGAGCGAAAGGAGGCCAAAAAGAGGGACAAGGAAGAGCGCAAAGCCCUCAAGAAGCAGGACCGGCAGAGCGUCUAUGGGCCUGGUCAGAGCUCUGCUAGUGGUAGCAGCCUCUCCCUUGGCCUUGGACGACGCAGAGGGAAUAGCACAACCAGCAACUUGCGUGUGGAGGCCACGCUCCAGGGGGCGCAGACGACUUCCGCAGGACCCAGCGCUGAGACUUCUCCAGUGGCUUCCUCAACACCGAUUGGCAAUACCCUUUCUCCCACCUCGGCACCCAGCUCGGCACCUAGUUCGAAAGGCAAAGCUGUAGAACGUCCAGCAGUUGAGACGCAGUCAUCCGAGAGCAGCUUCCAAAGCACAUCUACCACGCCCUCAUUACCGAUCCCGACGACUAGCCGCGGGCCUUCUCACUUGAGGCAGAUGAGCAAUGCAUCUUCCAUCUCAUCAUCCCUGGCUGAUAGCGCAGCUGGCAGCUAUAGCAACCAGGCGUACCUGGAUCCUCGAGCCAGCGAGCUGAGCGUUGGCAAUAGAAGCGAAGAAGGUGACCGAGACAACACGGAGCCCAUGUUCAACUUCCGGAGCCUGGCAGAGAUGGUGGGCGUUGACAUUGAAAAUGGCGAGGCCAAUCAGAACCAGGAUAUCGCCUCAGGCGAGGGCCGGACUACCACUACGAGCAAGAAGGCCGAAGCGGAAGACGAACCGGAAGCGGAGCACAUGGAAGAUGCACACAGCGAGGAACCCGUGCAGACAAACGCCGGCACAUUGAAGCCACCGCCGACGAUUCCCGAAGAGCCCGUCGACAGCGCCAGCAAAGGCGACGUGUCCCCUUUGCUUGGCAGUGGAGCAUUGACACCGGAAGUGACAAUUACACCCGAGACCCCGGCUCCUAUCUCGGAUGAGGCUGCUGAGUCGAAGAGGCUGGGCCAUGAAAGCAUUGUGGAGAGUUCGACUGGAGUAACGCAGUAAUCGGAGUGCGGAUCGACGGGCAUGACGGGAUGAUUGCAAAAUAUGAUGAUGCCAUAUUUGAUGGCAACGGCUACAUGGGAGGAAGAGUUUUGCAUACUCUCUGGGGGUUGGGAACCCCAAGAAACUCAAGGCGUUCAGCGUGAACUUUGGGGGAGGAGGCCAUUAGACGUGAUUCUUUUUUUAUUUCAUCUAUUUGCUUUUUUGCCAUGUGAAUGGCCAGCGCUCACUGUACUCUACCCAACCUACCUUUUAUAGGUAUGUGAGAAAAGCGGCUGAGACGUUGAUAGUCUCGAGCUGCUUGACAAAUACCAUUUAUUCAUGG